GAAUAACAUAUAUAAGGCACGAUAAGGCAGCAGAUACUGACGAUAAGGUCGGGCAAAUCUGAUUAUACGACUGCGCGCCGAACUGAGAUGAGCAUAACAUACGUAAAAAAAAUGUAUAAGGCAAGGACGUUAUUCAGCAGACUGGCCCCUUUGGCGCCGAACAUAUGCGGGCCCGAAAGAUACGCUUCCUGGGUGGUCCGCAGUCACCCGUUGACGAGGACCAGCCAGGUAAUCUUCACCGAAGCCACGCGCAAAUACAACAGCACCGUGUCAAGCGAACCUUUUCUAAAUGGCAGCUCCAGCUCCUACGUUGAAUUAAUGUACAACGCGUGGUUGCGAGACCCCACCAGCGUGCACGUGUCAUGGGAUUCCUUCUUUCGAAACAGUACCGCUGGAGCUGCACCUGGGCUCGCGUAUCAGGCACCACCAUCUCUCGCUCCAAGUCAUAACCAAGUGCCGCUUGGAGCGCUAUUGCCCAUGGGUGGGAUGCAAGUCAGCCAGAUGCCUGUCAAUGAGAAAAUUAUUGACGACCACCUAGCAGUGCAGGCUAUUAUUCGUUCUUAUCAGAUUCGUGGCCAUCAUAUCGCUAAAUUGGAUCCACUCGGCAUCAACAGCGCUGAUCUUGACGAUAGACAUCCGCAAGAAUUACUGUAUAACCAUUAUUCAUUCGGGAAGAGACCACGUACUACUUACUCACAGGAACUUCAAUAUCGAGUAUCGACCCUUAUGAAACAGGAGUCGGACAUGGAUCGUGUGUUUAAAUUGCCAUCUACCACGUUCAUCGGCGGCAAGGAGAAAUCGUUGCCGCUGCGCGAGAUCCUGAAGCGGCUCGAGGCCGCCUACUGCGGCCACAUCGGCGUCGAGUUCAUGUUCAUCAACUCCUUGGAGCAGUGCAACUGGAUCAGGCAGAAAAUGGAGACGCCUGGGAUUAUGGAGGUGACGAACGACGAGAAGAGGCUCAUCCUGGCCAGAUUAACGCGCGCAACCGGAUUCGAGGCAUUCUUGGCGCGCAAAUGGUCGUCGGAGAAGAGAUUCGGUCUGGAAGGUUGCGAAAUUUUGAUUCCAGCUAUGAAGCAAGUGAUCGACAAGUCCACGGAAUUGGGAGUCGAGUCGAUCGUCAUGGGUAUGCCACACCGCGGCCGUCUCAAUGUUCUUGCUAAUGUCUGCCGCAAGCCGUUGAGCCAGAUAUUCACUCAAUUCGCUGCUCUCGAAGCCGCCGAUGAUGGUUCCGGCGACGUCAAGUAUCACUUGGGCACGUACAUCGAGCGCCUCAACCGCGUGACGAACAAGAACAUCCGACUCGCCGUGGUCGCGAAUCCGUCGCAUCUCGAGGCUGUGGAUCCGGUGGUGCAAGGCAAAACACGCGCCGAACAGUUCUACCGAGGCGAUGGCGAAGGCAAAAAGGUUAUGUCCAUUCUGCUGCACGGAGAUGCUGCUUUCUGCGGUCAGGGCAUUGUCUUCGAAACAAUGCAUCUAUCCGACCUGCCAGAUUACACCACUCACGGCACCAUUCACAUCGUCGUGAACAAUCAGAUCGGGUUCACCACGGACCCACGGCAUUCUCGAUCCUCGCCAUACUGUACCGACGUUGCCAGAGUGGUGAACGCGCCCAUUUUCCACGUGAAUUCCGACGAUCCUGAGGCUGUGAUGCACGUGUGCAAGGUGGCGGCCGAAUGGCGGGCCACUUUCCACAAGGACGUCGUGAUCGACUUGGUCUCCUAUAGGCGCAACGGCCACAACGAGAUCGACGAGCCCAUGUUCACGCAGCCUUUGAUGUACCGCAAGAUCAAGAACACUCCGCCGGCGCUCGACAAGUACGCCAAUACCCUUCUCGCUGAUAGCGUCGUCAGCCCCGAGGAAGUGAAGGAUGUCAAGGACAAGUACGAGAAGAUCUGCGAGGAGGCGUAUAACAACGCCAGACAGGAGACGCAUAUCAAGUACAAAGACUGGUUGGACUCACCGUGGUCGGGGUUCUUCGAGGGAAAGGACCCAUUGAAGGUGUCACCCACCGGCAUCAAGGAGGACACUCUCGUCCACAUCGGCAAGAAGUUUUCGUCGCUACCGCCGAACGCAGCCGAGUUUGUCGUGCACAAAGGUAUCGAACGUAUUUUGAAGUCGCGCUUGGAAAUGGUCGAGUCGAGAACCGUCGAUUGGGCCCUCGGGGAAGCCAUGGCGUUCGGAUCCCUCCUCAAGGAAGGUAUUCACGUCCGACUGUCGGGCCAGGACGUGGAAAGAGGCACGUUCUCGCACAGGCAUCACGUGCUGCACCAUCAGACCGUCGACAAAGCAACUUACAGGCCACUCUGCUAUCUGUACCCUGAUCAAGCACCUUACACCGUCUGCAACAGUUCUCUUUCUGAAUUUGGUGUCCUCGGAUUCGAACUUGGAUACUCGAUGACAAACCCUAAUGCACUGGUGUGCUGGGAAGCGCAGUUCGGUGACUUCAACAAUACCGCGCAAUGUAUAAUCGAUCAGUUCAUCAGCAGCGGCCAGGCGAAAUGGGUGAGGCAAUCCGGCCUUGUCAUGUUACAACCUCAUGGUCUCGAAGGAAUGGGUCCCGAGCACUCCAGCGCUCGUCUCGAGCGUUUCCUCCAGAUGUCCGCCGAUGAUCCGGAUUACUUCCCGCCGGAGAGUGAAGAAUUCGCCGUUCGCCAGUUACACGACAGCAAUUGGAUCGUCGCCAACUGCAGCACGCCGGCUAACUAUUUCCACAUUCUGCGACGACAGAUCGCGCUGCCCUUCAGGAAACCGUUGAUUGUGAUGACGCCGAAGUCUCUGCUUCGUCAUCCGGAGGCCAAGUCGAACUUCGACCUGAUGCUGGAAGACACGCAGUUCCUCCGGGUGAUACCGGAGGAAGGCACGGCAGCUCAGAACCCCGGCAACGUCAAGAGAUUGCUGUUUUGCUCGGGCAAGGUUUAUUACGACCUGAAGAAAGCUCGCACGGAACGGCAAAUGGACGACAAAAUCGCAAUCGCCCGAGUCGAACAGAUUUCGCCCUUCCCGUAUGAUCUCGUGAAGAAGGAAGCUGCCAAGUAUUCCAAUGCGGAGCUGAUGUGGUCUCAGGAGGAGCACAAGAAUCAGGGCGCGUGGACUUACGUGCAGCCUAGGUUCCACACGGCGCUCAACGGUAUUCGGAAUGUCGUUAUCGGAGGCGCGUCAAAGACGGGUAAGAGUGGAGGGUGGUUCGCCGGUUUGUUUUCGUCGUCCGAACCGACCGAAACCGAAACUGUGUCAGAGUCACAGUCAACGGAACCUGCUAGACCGAAACAGAGAAUAAUGAGAUAUGCUGGGCGUCCGACCGCGUCAUCGCCGGCCACCGGCAGCAAGAUGCAGCACCUCAAAGAGCUCAAACAACUGGUCGACGACUCCUUGAGCCUUUAAUGAUCCCCCAUAGUACUGAAAGUUUAUUUAUUUUUUUGCGCCAGUCAUCCUUGUGUACUUCAUCCUGUUCAUAUGUUGAUAAAUUAACCCUCGAGUGAUCAGUACGAUCGGGAAAGGAAAGUAUUAUUAUUAAUUUAUGCGAUGUUGCGCAGCGCGUGACACUUUUAACGGUAGGCGAACAAUAUAUCCUGAAGUACACCCGAGCGAGGCUGUCCAUGGCAUAAACAAAAGGACUGCGGUAAACCCGUGGCGAUUUUUGUUUUUUUUUUUUUUCUUCUCUCGCCCGAUUAUUAUUAAUCUCGACGCCACGAACGAACGGUUGCCAAUCACUUUAACUUUUUAUCGUCGCUGUUGUUUCUUAUAAAAAAUUAAAUGAUUGGUGGUACUGAUGACGAGCGUCCUCGACGUUCUGUGUAAGUUCGACGUAGCACUACAUCCCGAGCCUUCUCCCCUCGGGUCUUCGGUCUCAGUUGUGCUGAUACGACGCUGUGAAAAGCCGAGUCCGGUGUGUCGAGAGAAUAACAUGUUCCUUUCGUGCUCACCCGGAGAGAUGCUCGCAAAAGACACACCGACACAACUGAGAGCACCCUAGUGCUACCCCAUGGAGGGUAUCCAACGGGUACUUCAGCUCUUGGCAAGAGAGAGAGAGAGAGAGAGUGUGUGUGUUGAGAGUGUAGAAGAUAAAACUAGCGAAACUAGUAGGAACUGGUAGGAACUGGUAGGAACUAGUAGGAACUAGCGAAACUAGUAGGAAAUAAUUUAAAUGAUAAUUUAUCCAGCUGCUGCCAGCUCGCGCCAGGCGCUGUGUGUUAGGUGCAAAAGUGUGCACUGUAUUUAUAUUCUUCUACCUGAACUAUUUAAAAGACGGUUACAAUGUGAAUGAGGAGGAGGAGGAGGAGUAGAGUCGCCAUAUGUCCUUACACAGUCGAUCAAUAGGAGGAAGUUUUAUUAUUGUACGUAUCGUGAUUAAUUUGGUUUCGUCGGAUGUAGUCGUGCGCUGAGAAGCGGGCGAGCGCACGAUGAGGAAGCAGUCUUACACUCUAUCAUCGUUUCUGUUCCGUUCGAUACAUAGAAUAUUCGAUAGUUAUGUGAUAUAUCUCUCUCUCACGAUCUUACUAGCACGAUAUUAUUAUCUAGACAGUCCGACGACACGGAUAGAUAGAAUAUAUAGAGGUGUCUACCCGAGACGGAGCGAGACGCGACGCGAAUCGCGCCGUCCCGCUUCACCCUGCCUUGUCCGUGUAUGUAUUCUUCGUCGUUGUGUGCGUGGCAACGAUAGUAGUAGCCCACCGCUCUACAAACACGCACGUACGAAUGAUUAAAAAAAAAAAAAAAAAUUCUCCCUCUCCGUUUAAGUGAAGGAAACCCUUGACACACCUGAAAUCUGAAUUUAGCGCGGAACAAUGAUAUUACACUUGAUAUUGUAGUAUCCUAUGCUGAAAUUAAAUCGUCUCUAUCGUCACAUA